UGACACACAUUGUUACAGAUCAUAUCCCAUCCCCGUCCCCCUGCUGCCACUUCCCCUACCAUUAUGUAUCUAUCAGCUGUGACUGGGAGCCAAGAGGUUAAAUCCCCCUCCUCCUCCUGCUGCACACACACUGACUGAGCUGGGAGCAAUGUCUGGGGCCAGGGUCUCUUUAUUGGAGGACUGAUGCUUAAACUAUCUGCAUGGAGUUGACUCUGUAACGCAAAGAACAAACUGAGUUGGACGCAAGAAUCAGGUUCUCAUACUGAAGAUAUGACCGCCACUAUGCAAGCCCUUCAAUUCAAGCAGUUUUCCCCUGAUUUGGGGCAGGACUGGCCCCCGCCCUGUGAGCAGGAGAUAGAGAGGAGGUACCAGGUUGUUCCUUCAGUGGUAUGCGCUAUGUGUUGCCUUUUUGGAAUCAUCUACUGUUUCUUUGGUUACCGCUGCUUCAAGGCUGUCAUGUUCUUGACGGGUCUGAUGUUUGGUUCAGUGGUCAUCUUCAUGUUGUGCUAUAAGGAGCGGGUCCUGGACACACAGCUGAGUGUUGAAGCCAGUGUGGGCAUUGGGCUUGGCAUUGGGGUUCUGUGUGGGCUGGUUACUAUGCUGGUGAGGAGCGUGGGACUGUUCAUGGUGGGUUUGCUGCUUGGACUUCUAUUAGCCAUAGCCACACUUAUCGUCAUGGAACAGUUCUAUCACCCGCGCACCGUCUGGGUUCCGGUAGCUCUCCUUCUUGGGAUCGGGAUGCUCUUUGCGGUACUUACAUUACAGUGGCAGCGUUUCUUCACCACCCUUUCCACAGCAGUGUUUGGCAGUGCCAUCAUGACAGUGACUGUGGAUUACUUCAUUGAGCUCUUUUUGUUAGUACAGUACGUGUACCAACGCAUGAAGGUGGACCCUCCUCAGAAUAUGUGCUGGUACAGCUGGGUAAUCCUUGGGAUCUGGCCUGUACUCAGCUUACUGGGAGUGCUUGUCCAGUGGAAAGUCACUGCCGAGGGGUAUUCACAUACAGAAGUUAUCAUCAGCCGACAGCAGCGCCGGGUCCAGUUAAUGAAAAUAAAGCAGAGAGAAGAGCGAAAGGAGAAAAAGAAGAAGAAGAAGAAACCUCAUCAUCAUCCUCACCCACAGCACAAAACGCCUCACCCGCCCGAGCCACCCUUCCGCAGGAAGCCCACACCAAUCCGGCGAUUUGAUGGCGAUGUCAUUUCCCCAAGCUAUAUUCAGAGUUUCCGGGAUCAGCAGACAGGUUCUUCUCGGGGUCGGAUGACAGGAGCGCAUACAGUGGUGGAUUUGGACUAUGAUUGUGGCUCCCGGGUGCCACUAACAGCUGGAGCCGCAUCAGCUGUACCAGUAUAGCACAGAGCGAGACGAGAAGGGAGGAAGACUAGGUAGAAAAAGGGAUCACUUGACACACAGAGAUUGCGCUGUAUCAACUCCAACACUGUGACACUGAACAUGCUGAGGAGUUCCAUCUCAUACUACAUUGUGACAUCUUUCAACUUUGCUGUCAACAGUGAGCAAACACACACUGCUGAGCCUUGUAACACUACAUACAUUGUGCAUAGACUCCCACCUACCUCUCUACAAAUACUGCACGCACAGCCAUUCCUACCAACUUCCCUGCGCUCUGAUCUCUCGCCAUCACCGAUCCCCUUAAAAACCCGGAUCCAUUGGACAAAAGAACACGUUAGGCAGUAAGCCUUUGUGCCUACACCGCACUUCCCUAUGUCUGCAAACUUUGACUCCCGUCCUGAGACUGAUGUAAUUACUAUCUGCUGGCCAUGUUUAGGAACAAUGCGGCAAGUCUUUUUUACAUGUGCAGAUAUACAGACAUGGACGUGUAUAUUAUUGAACAAAAAAGUUAAUUUAAAUUAUAAAACAGACUAACGUCAAAAGAAUUCUAGGAUCCAGUGGGAGAGGUUCCAAAUCAUAAUUUCAGGAAAAAAAGCCACAAGAAUGAUUUGGUCGGUAGUACUAGACUUUUCUGAAGAUUUUAAAUGAACUUUUUUUAAAUUAAUUAUUAUUGUUGGGUGGGGGUGGGGUGUGCGACAGACAUAGUGUGAGUUGCUGAUGUGUGUUGCGGUGUGGCUGGUAAUAAUAGACCAUGACUGGCAAGGAAAAGAUGCAGACACAACUGUCCUUUAAUAGUCCUAUGUUUUUUCUUUCCAUUCACCUGUAGAUGCAGUGACCUUAGGGGGCAAUUUCCAACAUCCAAUGCAAAGAUGUAUUAAUAUGUGUGAUGGAUUAUGUCUGCUUCCCUACAAUCCUACAUCAUACAGGAAUAUGCCCGAUGAUUGCUGCUGGUGUGAGCUGGGAAUGGCUGGUUAAUGUGCUCACCUACUGUACCAUGUGUUAUACAGUAGCAAAGUCAUCUUUAAUUACUCCCUACCUUUGUCACACUUACCUCCAUAUACAUUAUGGGGCUCAUGUAGGGAUGGGAGUAAAUUAAUUUAUGGUACAAAUUAUGCUUUUUUCUGUAUUCCACAUGCACAGAAAAAUGGGUACGCCUCUUUGCCUAUGGGGAUCCGGAUGCAUAUUACACUUAUGGCGCCUUACAAUUAGAGGGGUGAAAAGAAGGAUAGAGAGGGCAAGAGCUGGCAAAGUAGAGUAAGGGCGGGUUCACAUUAUUACACCCAAUGUUGAUCAUAGCAAACACACAUGUGCCCCUGUCAGGAGGUGGGUCGCUUGGGGGUGCUCAUCCCAUGAUACAAUACACAAUCAGAAGCAGCUUCUGAUUGGCUGAGUGCAUCUUAAUACCUACCAGGGACACUAUUAUUUGUGUGGCUAAUGCGAUUGUUAUAUCAUUAAACUGAUAUUUGCAAUUGGCCCACGACAGGAAAGCAGAUUCCCAUUUGAUAUUUUAAAGAAGAAGACAAUGGAUGUAUCUAUUUAAUUGAACUUACUUAGUACUUUAAUUUUGUAUUUGUAUUUUAAUUGUAUUUUACAUGGAACAUGCACCUUUAUUAUUUAUUAAUAACACUGUCCAGACAUAGGCAGAAUAUAAUGUGUACGAAUUGUGUAGCGUAACAAUAGCACUUACUAUUACCACCAUAGCGCCACAUAUCAUGGAGUAAGCCAGGCGCUCAUGCUACCCUUGCAGGACUGGAUGCAUCAUGUAAAACAUGCAGGUCUCCAGGCUGCGCAGAUUGUGCAUGUUUGGGUGGCGCAUUCUGGGUCUACUUUUUUGACACAAAAUGUAUCUAGCACAACAUAGGCCACUAAAAGCUCGCCUUUCUUCUCUAAAGCUGGGUACAUGAUAUCGUCUAGUGAGUAUGCACUAUGUUGCUGAUAAUGCAUGCUCCCGCGCCUCAUCAGCGACAUCCUCCAUUGGACCUGCAUGCAGUCCGAAGGGCGACAUUGCCAACGAGGGCCAUGCUGCCCCCCGCUCUCCUCCCCCCCCACGUCGCUGCCAGCAUUGCCAAGUGUGUAUGAACUUACCAAUGUCACCCCCCGCAGGCAUACAUUGCGCUGAGUACACAUCGUUUAAUGUAUACCCAGCUAUACUUUUAAAGGUUUUGAUGUGCCUAAUAAUUCAGCUGCAGUAAUUAAUAUGUUGUGCUUCUCAUUCUGUACACAUAUAACUAUGAACAUUUGUGUAGGAGUUGUGUACACUUUACAAGACAAAUAUUGGGGGUGAUUCAGAUGUGGUUGGAUUUAGCAUCGCUGCUGCUGCUGCUACCUUGGUUUACAUAUGGUAAUCCAGCAGGAGGCAUCUGUUAUUAGUAGACGCCUCCUGCAUGCAUGUGUGAUCCACUGCUGUGUCUGAGGACGCAGUAUCGCAUCACCUUCAAGACCAUCGGCUGGCUGAGUAACCCAUGAAGUUGCGCAGACCGGCCAUGGCAGCUACAUCACUCAAGCCAGGAAAUCUCUGUCAAAAGAACGAGACUCUGAAUUUGGCAUUUCCACAAAACGUAGGCAACACGGCUCUGUUUUGAGAAAAAUGGAAAGAGUGUGUAUGCACUUUCCGAUGCCGACCCCACCGCCGGGUGACAUUGCCCCUCCCUCCCCACUCCCAAACGGCUGCAGACUGUCAAUCAACUGACGUCUGCAGCCGCUUUACGUCCGACAGCGUAGGACCCGUAUUGCACACAUACAGUACAGGUAUUACUUUGCACUUGUACUACAACAGCUUUGAGAUGUGAAUCAGGCCAAUUGUUAGAUCUUCCUAAAUACCACUAGUAUUUCCUUUCACAGUAACAAUAAUUACAAUUUUAAACUCAUUCCUUUGAUUUUACUGCCCUGUAAUCCGCCCAGCAAUCCCCACCACCACAACCUAAAAAAUCCCCACUCUUUAGCCAGGUGCCUCAGAUUGGCUCUUUACAGACAUACCCCAGCGCUCAGAGUGGGUGUAGAACGUUCUGUAUUCAGCACUGGGAGUAAACUGCAUGUGUAGAUAUGAUGGGGAGAAGGACCAGGUGCUAUUUGCUACAGAUUAAGGACGUUGUUUUAAGAGGACUGCUCCUUCAAUAUAGUAUUUCCCACAAUAGAAUACUGCUGCUAUGAGCUGCUAGUUAGUGUAAAGGAAUUAUUAUACUGAAAGUGGAACUGCCAUCAGCAACACUAAUGAAGCAGUCUUUGUUAGAACACUUACUGUAAUCCAGGCGAUAGUUGUGUGAAUCUCUGUGAGCUGUUGCCUCCCACUUGCAGACAUUGUAGUGUAAUUAUCUCUUAUUUGUAUAGCACUACCAAUUGUGCAGCACUAUACAGAGUAUAUUCAUCAUUGGAUCUGUUCCUGCCCCAUGGGACCUUACCAGGGAUGUGCGGUGAGGUAAAUGGCUCAGGCGACACUGGCUAGCACCAGAGCCAGGUUUACACACAAUAUAUGAGCCAAAGGGUACAUGUGGGCAUUACACAAAGGUGCAGCAGAUUAAACUCCUCGAAAUUUGGUGAGUUUUGAUCAGAGAUGUGCGAAAAAACGUUAGGUCUCAUCUGACAUAGGGGGUCAUUCCGAGUUGAUCAAUCGCUAGCAGUUUUUAGCAGCCGUGCAAACGCAUUGUCGCCGCCCACUGGGGAGUGCAUUUCGCUUUGCAGAAGUGCGAACACUUGUGCAGCAGAGCGCCUGCAAAAACUUUUUGUGCAAAACAAGACCAGCCCUGUAGCUACUCUUCGUGUGCGCCCAGCGAACACCCAGCCAUGCUUGCGUUUUUUAUGCCACGCCUGUGUUUUACCAAACACGCCCUGAAAACGGUCAGUUGCCACCCAGAAAUGCCCACUUCAUGUCAAUCUCCUUGCGAUCGGCUGUGCGUUUGGAAUCGUCGCUAGAACCAGUGCAAAACCACAAUGGACUUUGUACUGGUACGACGCGUGUGCGCAUUGCGGUGCCUAUGCAUGCGCAGAUUAGCCAUUUUUUACACAGUGAUCGCUGCGCAAACAAUGGCAGCUAGCGAUCAACUCGGAAUGACCCCUAUAGACUUUUUACUCCAAAGUUUUGACUAUAAAAAUGAUUAGAAUAAUGCAAAGAUAAUAUUUCUAAUAUACUGUAUUCUUUGUAUUUUUCAUAUACAUUACACAGUCAAAACUCUGACACAAAUGUUAGUAUGACAGGAAAGGCUCUGCCUCACCCCACUACAUGCUACUGGAGCUUACAGUCUAAAUUCCCUGGCACACAAAGAAAAUACAGGCAAUUUAACCUACAGUGAGUCCUAGAAUAUGUGAGUACACCAGUCCAGUGUACCCAGACGAAACCCAUGCACACACGGGUAGAACAUGCAAAAUCCACACAGGUAUGGCCUUGGACAGGAAUCAAACUCAUGCACCUAGCACUGUGAGGCACCAAUGCUAAUCACUGUGCCACCAUGCUGCUCCAUGUCUGUGUGUAAGGUGCAGCUACACAUGUGACGCCUCUGACUGUAGUAAUGAAGCCGGCUUCAUCUGUAUACUGGAACAACUCUUGAAAGGGACACAGUACAUAUUCUGCAUUCUAAUGUUAGGGAUGUAUAUGUAAAACGUAAAAGCUUUUCUGUGCACUGACUCCAUAGUCCCACUUGCAGCUUCUUUCUGAAGACAUUGGACACAUUCUGUCUGUUACUUGUAGGAAAUGUGCCCACGUGUGGGUUUAAUGCUGAGUAUUGUUAAUGCUCCAAAUAAUGAUGUCUUAAUACGUUGCGAAGGUCCGGAGUCAGAGUCAUAUGCAAAGGGCCUCAAAAAGUUAUUAUGUAUCUUUAAAAAAUAGUUGUGCUCCACCAAGCUCCAGGCCGCUUACUAAACUUACUUCAAUUAUUAUUAUUGUUUAUUUAUAUAGUGCUACCAAUUGACGCAGUGCUGUACAGAGAAUUUGAGUAAUUCAUAUCAGUACCUGCCCCACUGGAGCUCAUAAUCUAAACCCACCUAGUGUUAGUGUUGUCACCAUCCAGUUAACCUACCUGUAUUUUUGUGGAGUGUGUGGGACUCUUGAGCACCCAUAGGAAACCCACUACUAGGAGAAGAUGCUAAACUAGAACAGAGCUGCUAUGAUCAUGGUGUCACACAGGUCUAGAGGUUUAAAUAUUCCAUUUCUUUAAGAAAAAACUAUUUGCACACCUGCAUUCUACAUUGUACACUUUGGGCUGCUGUUACUGCACCUUCAUCUCUAUAGAUAUAAUGACUUUUCUAGAUAUUUGAAUGUGCACUUGUUGGAAAUAUACAGUAAUGCAGGGACCAGUACUAUCUCCCCUAUGACAUUUAGUUUGUAUGGCACAAUCACAAAUGGAUGUUGUGUUGUUACUAAAGAGGAGAUGUACUAUAGCGGCAUUUAAUUGUGCCGAUAUAGCUCUUCCUGCUGGAGUGGGAAAGGGAAAACUGCCCUUUCUGACGAUUUGUGCGAGACCCACAGAGCAUCAAUUGUGCUGCGUCUUACCUCCUGGUCGGCACUGCUGCGCAUGUGUGAGACCUGGACCCCCACAGAAGCUGUCGCAGGUGUGUACACAUACCGGUAAGUAAACCUGCCGAUAUGUGGAAAAACUAUAAGCCAGAAAAGUGUGAUUUUUUUAAUUGCAUCUGAAGGAUAUUCCGUCGCCAUACAAUAAUAUGUUGACUGCAAAAUUGUCAGACGUUUGCAGAUGACAUAGCGAAAAGCGAUUUUCUCUACAUUAUCUGCUUUCAUACAUACCAGUGUUCAUUGUAAGUGUCAAAUAGCGCUGGUUAUAGCGCAUUUGGCACGUACCACCUCUUCUUACACCUCACCCUAUUUAUGUUUCUGGAUAACAGAAAACAAAUGGAACGACUGUGCGUUUUAACUCAUUGCCUAUGCAAAAGGGAAGCAGCAAUUAUGUGGGCUCAAUAUUUAUGACACUGUAACCUGUAACACUGUAAUCUAUUUAUUGUAGCUAAAUGACAUGACUGAGCUAUGAGGCACUUUGAGCCUCAUGCCACAAGUUCCUUUAGAAUUGAUAGGCUGAAUGUGAAACCAGCCACAAAGUAACUGUCUUCACUUUAAAGCAGUGGUGGGUAAUAAGAUGUUAAAAUUGGGAGAGGGCAUACUGGGAUGUGUAGUUCAACAGCAGAUGGAAGGCUGCUUAUCACCUGCCCCUGCUUUAAACAGUACCUAAGGCAGACAUUGUUUGGACUGAAUCAAUAUGCAUAAGCCUAUCAUUCAUUAGGAACCAUGAAUAUAGGUCACUGGAUCCUAAUAACUUCAUAGGCUACUUUCUCGUGACUAUUGGUUCAGCCCACAAUAUGGUCGCUUGCACUGUGUGUAAGCACAAGGGCAGUCUUUAAAUUCCUUUGCCAUAGAAAAGCAAGGCGUGAUAGGCCGUACUGGCUGUGUAGCUGUGUCUGUGGAUGAGAGGCUUUGGGUCUGUGUGUGAGAAGGAGGGUUGUUACGUUCCCUUGGGAGGGAGAUCGUUUUCUCUUGUUUAAAAUAUUUUUAUCUGUGCCAAACCCCAUAACCCUUGUAAAUAUGAUCUGAUUCUUCAUUGGUAAAGUAAUUUAUUUCAA